AUGAUCAAAAAUUUUGAAACACUGAAACAAGAGGUUGAAGACCUCAAGGAUCUAAAAGAUAUGGUGGAAUCCCUCUGUAAGAGAGGGGAACACGCAGAAGAAAGGAUCUCUGAUUCUAAAGACAAAACUUUUGAAGAAGCCCAGGAAUGCAAAGGUCAAAAGAAAUGGAGGGUAAAAACGGAUCUGACUCUCAGAGAACUCUCAGAUAAAUCAAAGAAAACUAAUAUUCACCUUAUAGGAAUCCCUGAAGGUCAAAACAUUUUUGGGCUAGAUGUCAUUGAAUCACCAGAAGGAGACAAGAUGCCACAACUUAUUGUUCAAAAAUAAUUAGAUAGGGAAGAAAAGGAUACCUUUGUGAUGCAAGUAAAGGUUGAAGAUGGUGGGUUUCCUCAGAGAUCCAGUACUGCUAAUUUGCAAGUAAGUGUUGCUGAUACAAACGACAACCACCUGGUUUUUAAGGAGAAGGAGAUUGAAGUCAAUAUACCAGAAAAUGCUCCUGUAGGUACUUCAGUGACACAGCUCAAUGCCACAGAUGCCGACAUAGGUGAAAAUGCCAAGAUUUACUUCUCUUUCAGCAAUCUAGUGUCCAACAUUGCCAAGAGACUAUUUCACCUCAACACCACCACUGAAUUUAUCACAGUCAAAGAACCACUGGAUAGGGAAGAAUCACCAAACCACAAGUUAUUGGUUUUAGCAAGUGAUGGGGGAUCAAUGCCAGCCAGAGCAAUGGUGCUGGUUCUUGUAACAGAUAUCAAUGACAAUGUACCAUUAAUUGACGUAAGCUACAUCAUCAAUCCAAUGAAUGGCACUGUAGUUCUUUCAGAAAAUGCUCCACUCAACACCAAAGUUGCUCUCAUAACUGUGACAGAUAAAGAUGCUGACAAUAAUGGUAGGGUGUCAUGUUUCACAGAUCAUGAAGUGCCUUUCAGAUUAAGGCCAGUGUUCAGUAAUCAGUUCCUACUGGAGACUGCUGCAUUUCUUGACUUUGAGUCCACAAAGGAAUAUGCCAUUAAAUUACUGGCUGCAGAUGCUGGCAAACCUCCUUUGACUCAGUCAUCCAUGCUUUUCAUGAAAGUGAAGGAUGAAAACGACAAUGCUCCAGUUUUCACUCAGUCUUUUAGUCUUUCUGUUCCUGAGAAUAACUCUCCUGGCACCCAGUUGACAAAAAUAAGUGCAACACAUGCAGAUAGCAGGCAUAAUGCUGAGAUCAAUUAUCUGCUAAGAACUGAUGCUGCACCUGAAUUCAACCUGAAUCAUCAUUCAGGCAUUCUGACUGCAGUGAAGAUACUAGAUAGAGAAAAACAGGAAAAGUAUUUCUUGACAGUUCUGGCAAAAGAUAAUGGGGUGCCACCUUUAAUGGCCAAUGCCACAGUCUUUGGCCAGUCUCUGACAGUUCUCGAUUAGAAUGACAACAAUACAAUUUUCACACACAGUGAAUACAACUUUUAUGUCUCAGAAAAUCUUCCAAGACAUGGAACAGUAGGACUAAUCACUGUAACUGGCCCUGAUUAUGGAGACAAUUCUGCAGUCACUCUGUCCAUUUUAGACAUGAAUGAUGAUUUCAAUAUUGAUCCAGAGACUGGUGUCAUAUGACCUAAUAUUUCAUUUGAUAGAGAAAUGCAAGAAUCUUAUAUUUUCUAUAUAAAGGCUGAGGAUGGUGGUAAGGUAUCACAUUCUUCAACUGCCAAAGUAACCAUAAAUGUGGUUGACAUAAAUGACAACAAACCAGUUUUUGUUGUUCCUCCUUCCAACUGCUCCUAUGAAUUGGUUUUACCAUCCACUAAUCCAGGCACAUUGGUCUUCAAGGUAGUUGCUCUUGACAAUGACACUGGCAUGAAUGCAGUGCUAGGAAACACAAAAGGUCUGUUUGUAAUUGACCAAGCAACAGGCAACAUCACACACGAGAAAUGUGUUGUAACAGACCUUGGUUUACACAGACUGAUAGUCAAAGUUAAGGAUUUAGGACAACCUGAUUCUCUCUUCAGUGUUGUAAUUAUCAAUCUGUUUGUGAAUGAGUCAGUGACCAAUGCUACACUGAUUCAUGAACUGAUACAUAAAAACAUCAAAACACCAUUGACCCAAAAUAUUGAGAUAGCUGGAGCAUCCUUACCAACUAAUGAUCAUGUUGCCAUUGUUGCUGGCACUAUAACUGUCAUGCUAGUUAUCUUCAUUACUGCUAUAGUAAGAUGUCACCAGACACCACACAUUAAGGUUGCUCAGAAAAAUAAACAGAAUUCUGAAUGGAUUAUACCAAACCCAGAAAACAGGCAGUUGAUAAUGGUGAAGAAAAAGAAGAAGAAGCAUGCCCCUAAGAACCUGCCAUUUAACUUUGUUACUAUUGAAGAAACUAAGGGAGAUGAUGCUGGCAAUAAUGGAAACAGUGUCACACUAGACCUUCCCAUUGAGCUGGAAGAGCAAACCAUGGGCAAAUACAACUGGGGUACCACAUCUAUUACUUUUAAGACUGAAAGCCCUGUUUUGGCCCAGCACUACAAAUCUGCCUCUCCACAGCCUACCUUCCAGAUCCAGCCUGAAACUCCCCAGAAUUUGAAGCACCAUAUCAUCCAGGAAUUGCCUGUGGGUAACACCUUUGUUACCUGUGAUUCCAUCUCAAAGUGUUCCUCCGGCAGUUCUGAUCCCUAUAGCAUUUCUGAGUGCAACUACCCAGUGACAACUUUCAAGACUCCUCUGUCUGUACACACCAGACUGACUGAUUCCAGGACAUGGAAUAUAGAAAUAUUUAGUGAGAUAUAA